AUAGCGGGUUAAAAGGAGAGGAAAACCCCGGUGUUUUCCGCCAUCCGGUGGUUGGGAACAAGCGCCGAGGCUCCCGGCUUCCUGACCUUGCACCUGUGCUUCACUGGGCGCUGCUGCAAGCCUGGGCGCGUCCACCUUAAAAAUUCAGAUUGAGCUUUCUCAUAUGUGGCUCCCAGAAGACUCACCCCACAUCACUGUGGGAACACAGCAGUUGAGGAAGUGGAGACAGGAAUGGAACUAGAAUCAGAGUUCAAACAUAUUGGCAAAUCUUGGUUCUAAGUUAUUCUGUAAGUAAGAGAGUGACUGACCAACAGCUGUGAGACAUUGAGAACUUUAGCAUUUUCUGUAAACUUUGGCACAGGUCACUUACUUCUCUGAAGACUGGGUCCAAAAAGCACAAUGAACACAAGAAUGUGCUAUGGUAACAGGGUGAACUUCAGACAAGCACGAGAAUUCCGUACAGCUGGGGAAGGAGACACAACUCCUGAGGUGAUCUUGGAAGCAGAACUGAUAGAUCUUGGGGAAAAUGAUGAAAUAGUUGACCUUACCUGUGAAUCUCUAGAACCUGCAGUGAUUGACCUAACUCACCAUGACUCUGUUGUGUUUACUGAAGAAAGGAGGAGAGCAAGGGGAAACACAAGGUCACUCCAAGGUCAAACUGGAAGCUGUGUGGUAAGCAGUGAUGAGGGGUUAAUAAGGGACAGAGAUGUUUACAUGACCAACAGUGCCUACCAUAAUGUCCUGGAAGAAAAAACUUUAAAAUGCACAGUACCUGGUUAUAUCCGGUGUCGAAUAUGUAUGGAUGGGUACUCGGAGAUUGAACUAAGUAAACGACAAAUCUACUCUACAGAAUGUGGCCACAUCUUCUGUAGUCAGUGCCUCUGCAAUUCCCUUAAAUAUACUAAAAAUUGCCCAGUUUGUUUGAAAAAAAUCAGCUGCCAUCAGUACCACCGCAUUUAUAUAUGAUGUGUGCCAUGUUGCUCUGGACAAACAGCGUGGCUAGAUUUUUCCAUGUCCUUAUGCAGAAACUAUGGGUUGUUGGAAUUCAGUGCAAUGAACUCAAAAAACCUGAUUUUAAAAAUUGCUCUCUGGAGUAUAUAAAAACUUUCAUUUCCCACACACUGUGAGACUACCUUUCAAUUCAUUUUGUUUAAUGCUCCAGGGCUGGACUUGGUUGUCAUAGUGUGCCAGAGACUGGUGAUUGUCCUCAAAGCAAAAUUUCCUCUCUUCCUCAUAGCAAUCUAUUUUCAAUUGGCCACAUGUGGGUAUUUUGGGUCAUGUGAAUAAAGGCAACAUCCUAGAGAUGCUGGAGCAAGUAGAUCAAAGGAAUCUGAGAGACUGACAACUUUGCAAACCAGAGCCACCUACAAGUUUGGGAUUUUACUUGAGAGAGAAACUUCAUUCUUGUUUAAGCAACCAUUAUACUGGGUCUUGUUUAGAGCAAUGGAAUCUUUAUUUUAAUUAAUGGACCAGGCAGGGUGAUAUCUCCUGGUUUCUCUGGAUUUCCUGACUCCAUUGGAGUAGAAGGAAGUCAGUCCUUUCUGACCACCUCCCCAACCAGCAGGGUGGAGGUAGGUAUACGGGCAGGCAUCAUGUCCUGCUGGGACUCCUAAUGGCCUUUGAAACCAGUCUGAGUUGUUGCCUAGGCACACUAGAAUCUGGAACUGUGGUUCUAUGCUCUCUGACCUACCGUGUCAGAGAGAGGCUGCUUUCACCUAGGCUUUACAGGUAUGCCUGCCUUCCACCUCUGUAGUCAACUAAUCAGCAAGUUAGCAUGGUUCUCUUGAACAAAUAUGUCACUGUGUCACCAUCCUAGCUGCUGCAGCAGCCUGGCUGGGCCACAGGUCUUGAGAAAAGCUCCUCACCACUGCCCAUCCCCCACCACCCCCAUACACACAUAUAUAGCUCUUUUUUCUUUUGAAGAAAAUCCCAUAGGACUCACAAUUCAGUCUGCACUUUAGAAUUAGAGAUGUGAUUUUUACUGUGCUCUCUCCGUUUCCCUUAGAAUGAAAGGUGCAGUAAACUUUGUUCUUUACUUACAAUGGUUGUAGCAGUGUUGCUUUCCUCCAUGGAGGCUCAGUCUGCCCAUCCUAGUGUUACGUCUGUUCUACACACAGCAUUCUCGGGAAGUCCCAUAUUCCAGACCUCAACUGCUUGACUUGCCACAGGAUAUGCACGAUAAAUACGGAAUAUGCCCUUCUGUGGGUUUCUUUAUAUGUUCUAAAAUGAAAUGAGGAAGAAAAAUAACAUGAAAAUUAAAAAAAAAAGGAAAAAAGUUCUAAAUAUUAGAUGUAGAACUUCCUACAUUUCAAUAGAUCAUCUUGUGCACUCCAGUUUUGAGACUAUUAAUUGCUCUGUGACAUAGCACAGUGUAUCACAAACUUGGCUAAUGACUGAAACACCCGAGGUGCCUAUUAAAUAUAGAUUCUGCUUUUGCAUGUAUUGUCGACGUGCUAAAGAAAAAGAGCAUACUCUUGCCAGCAGCCCUUGACCGUCCCUGCUGUGUUCUACCCCACCUGCUACAUAUUUACCUUAACCUGCCAAACUCAUAUAGACAAAUUUGAGUUUUUGAUCUCUGCUUUAGGGGAAAAAACAGAGGGAAUUCUGACUUUUCGGAAAAACUGAGAUAAAUUUUACAGACAGAAAAAUUCACUGAUCUUAAGUAUAUAAUUAGAUGAGUUUGGGCAAAUAGGUACAUUGAUAUGACCAAUCAAAAUAUAGAACAAUCCCAUCAUUCCAGAAAGUUCCCAUCUAGUCAAUUCCCAUCUCCCACAGGCAACCAACUUUUUGAUUAUUAUCACCACAGAUAUGUUUGAGGACACUGACUUUUAUUACUUCAUUGCUAGCCUAGCUCAUCAGGGAGGAAAGUUUGAUAGGGAAAUUUGGAAUAUAAGCAAGGCAGAGAUCAAGGGCUUGUUUUAGUGGGAGCAUGACUUGUAUUACCUCUUUUCAGAAUUAAAGCAAGAAGGUAUUAAUGAUGACACCUACUAUUUAUUAAACAAUAGCUAUGUUCCAGGCACAGUACUAGGCACUCCAUUCAUCACAGGCAGUCAAGGCAUACAUCUAGGCAAGAGCAGGAACCCAACAAGAUGUAAGAGCAAGAGUUGAAGGGAGCUGUCACCGGGCAUAUUAGUGUGAAUACUUUGGCUGCCUAUUGUGCAUGGCUGUGGGAAGAAGUGAGAACUAAAGCUAAAAAAGAAGAAUAAGUCCACAUCAUGAGUAGAGCAUGUGUGCUAUGUUAUGGAGUUUAGAUUUUAUUCUACAGUUGGUAAAGAACCAUUAAAGGCUCUAAAGGAGAGCCUCUAGAGAAAGAUUCUUAAGGAUUCAGCAUAAUAUCAGUGAAGGUUGAAAAUACUUUGAAAAUUGGGCUGGGGUGGGGGUGGAAUAUGGAGGUAGAAUUAGAAGGAAAGAUCCUGGUGUUGAUUUUCUUCUCAAAGUAGAAGUGACUUUAUGAAGUGUAUAUGAAAAAUGAUGAAGUAACCUUGGUCUGAGGAAUGUGGUACUGCACUGGUACUCUCUUGCCCUUGAUGUUAACAGUUUCAUUUUAGCACAGCCAGCAGAGUUGUGCAAAGCUUUUUGAGCUAUGGCAGCUCUUGGGAGAUGACUGUUGAUCUGAGGUGGCAAUGAUAAGAAUCCAGGGAGCAGUUGUGGCAGGUUGGAUUUAGCUUUCAGGCAUCUUUUUGGAAAAGUGGAAGUUCAUUUGGCCAGAGUAGAAAGAAAUGAGAUUGGAAGAGUUUGGAUAAUCAAAUUUAUCCACUUAAUAACUAACCUAGCCUUAGACCAAGUUAGUCUCACAGUGAGAGAAUCUGGCAAUUUUCGUUUGUUGUUUCCUGAUGUUCCUUGAGGUUACAGCAGAAGACUAAAACCAAAUUUCUUGAGCUGCAACAUGUCUGGAUUUCAUCAACCACAGAUUAAAAAUGAGCUGUUUAAGAAAGAGGGUAAGAGACAGAGUGGAGGAGUCAGAGCCACCUUUCAGCAAGGGCUAGCCUUUCUACUGUCUGGCCCACAUUAAAUUCAUCCCGGCUGCGAAUGUUAAAUAUACCCGCCAGAAGAAACAAGUUACUUUCCAAGAACCUAAAAUUGUUAAGAUGGAUAAACUUUUAGGUCAUUUCCUUAGCUACAUCAAUUAGGUCCCACUGAUUUGAUAUUAAUCUGCAUACUGGGAUGACUAUCCCAGGGAGUGUUAAUAAAGUAAGUUAGGUUUCCAUGAUA